GGAACACUGGAGAGGGGAGUUCGGUCCCUCUCACUGGUCAGAGCUUCUGGACAUUUUGUCUGGGUCCGUCAGCCCUUGGGUGGCUGCCCCUUGGUGUGGAGAUACAAGCAGAUCAGCGAGGCUGACAGGCUGUCAUGGCAACAAGUGGGGACCCAGAAGAGGAGCAGGUAGUCCCAAGUGAAGAGGAUGAAGCCGAUAUGAGAGCCGUGCAGGCUCGGUACCUCCGGAGCCCCUCCCCCAGCCAGUACUCAGUGGUCUCAGAUGCAGAAACAGAAAGCAUUUUCAUGGAGCCCAUUCACCUCUCCUCAGCUGUUGCAGCUAAACAGAUCAUCAAUGAAGAACUCAAGCCGCGGGGGGUCAAAGCCGAGGCAGAGUGUCCAGGCAUGCUGGAGUCUGCCGAGCAGUUGCUGGUGGAGGACCUGUACAACCGUAUCAGGGAAAAGAUGGAUGACACCAGCCUCUACAACACUCCCUGCAUCCUGGACCUACAGCGGGCCUUGGCCCAAGACCGCCAAGAGGCUCCCUGGAAUGAGGUUGAUGAAGUCUGGCCCAACGUCUUUAUAGCAGAGAAGAGCGUGGCUGUGAAUAAGAGGAGGCUGAAGAGGCUGGGAAUUACCCACAUCCUGAAUGCUGCUCAUGGCACCGGCGUCUACACUGGGCCUGAAUUCUACACUGGUCUGGAGAUCCAGUACCUGGGUGUGGAGGUCGAUGACUUCCCUGAGGUGAACAUCUCCCAGCAUUUCCGGAAGGCAGCCGAGUUCCUGGAUGAAGCCCUGCUGACCUAUAGAGGGAAAGUACUGGUCAGCAGUGAAAUGGGAGUCAGCCGCUCAGCAGUGCUGGUGGUCGCCUACCUGAUGAUCUUCCACAACAUGGCCAUCCUGGAGGCCUUGAUGACCGUGCGCAAGAAGCGGCCCAUCUACCCCAACGACGGCUUCCUGAAGCAGCUCCGGGAGCUCAAUGAGAAGCUGAUGGAGGAGAGAGCAGAGGACUUCGGCAGGGAGGGGGGAGAAGAGGAGGCGGAGGAGGGCGAGGAUGCAGGGAGCACGGUUGGGGCCAGAGUGCACGCCCUCACUGUGGAAGAGGAGGAUGACGCCACCAGUCACCUGAGUAGCUCCUCCUUAGGGAAGGCCAGCCGAGCCUCCAAGCCCCUGACUCUCAUCGAUGAAGAAGAGGAGGAGAAACUCUAUGAGGCGUGGAAGAAGGGGCAGGGUCUCCCCACAGGCAAGGUCCCCCAGGGUGGGGACGACAGGCGCUCAGCCUCCUCCGGCCAGAGUGAGGAGGAGCCUGAGGAUGAGGAUGUGGAGCGAAUCAUCCGGGAGUGGCAGAGCCGAAAUGAGAGGUACCAGGCAGAGGGGUGCCGGAAGUGGGAUAGGGAGGAGGAAGAGGAGGAGGAGGGUGAGGACAGCUCCUUUGUGAGGAGAAGACGGACGCACAAGAUGAGUGAGAGCAGCUCCUCCGAGAGUGUGAGCAGCCAUGACAUCCGGGUCCUGAAGCAGCAGCUGGAGAUGAGCAGCCAGAACCAAGGUGGGAAAUGCCGCUCUGACUCGGUGUCCACGGAGAGCACCUGGGACAUGUGGAACCAGAGGCUACUGGAGAUUGAGAAGGAGGCUUCACGGAGGUACCACUCCAGGAGCAAGAGAGAUGAAGUAGACGCCAGCUCAGAGGUGGGGAACGGGGCACGGGAGGAUGACGAGGAGAGUGUGUCCUCUGAGGCCAGCUCCUUCUAUAACUUCUGCAAAAGGAACAAGGACAAACUCACUGCCCUGGAAAGGUGGAAGAUCAAGAGAAUCCAAUUUGGAUUUCACAAGAAAGACUCGGAAGCAGGAGACGGCAACAGUGAGCAACGUGCAGAGGAGGCCAAGGGAGAGAAGAAGAACCUCUCUGACGUCAACCUAUCUGCCUACCAGGCCUGGAAGCUGAGGCACCAGAAGGUGGGCAGUGAGAACAAGGAGGAGGUGGUGGAGCUCAGCAAGGGAGAAGACUCGGCCUUGGCCAAGAAGAGGCAACGGAGGCUGGAGCUGCUGGAGAGGAGCAGGCAGACGCUGGAGGAGAGCCAGUCCAUGGGAAGCUGGGAGGCAGAUAGCUCGGCUGCCAGCGGGAGCAUCCCCCUGUCUGCAUUCUGGUCCGCAGCCCCCUCAGUCAGUGCUGGUGGGGACACAAUGUCAGUGCUCAGUGCCCAAAGCCACAGGUCCCAUCCCUCUCAGGCCCUAAGCAAUGUAGGGGGAUGCUUGGCCUCUGCCCCCACCACACCUCUACCUAACCUGCCAGUGGGGCCCGGAGACACCAUUUCCAUUGCCAGCAUUCAGAACUGGAUUGUCAACGUAGUCAGCGAAACUCUCACCCAGAAGCAAAAUGAAGGGCUUCUGUUGUCCCACUCACCAUCUGUUGCAAGCAUGAACGUGGCACCAGCAGCCAGCUGCCUGGGGGAUGACCAGGUCUCCAUGCUUAGUGGCCAGAGCAACUCCUCCCUGGGCGGCUGCCUGCUCCCUCAAAGCCAGGCAAGACCCAGCUCCGACAUGCAGUCCAUGCCGUCCACCCACACCACACAGAGCUCAAGAGCUGAAGGUACUGGGAGCAAAGUGAGGGGGACCAGCAAGCCUAUCUGUAGCCUCUUUGCUGACAGUGUUGACCUAAAGGAGCUUGGUCGGAAGGAGAAGGAGAUGCAAACAGAACUGAGGGAGAAGAUGUCUGAGUACAAAAUGGAGAAGCUGGCCUCUGACAACAAACGCAGCUCCCUUUUCAAGAAGAAGAAGGUCAAGGAAGGUGAGGAUGAUGACGUGGGUGAUAGAGAUGAGGACACUGACAGUGCCAUAGGGAGCUUCCGGUAUUCUUCCCGCAGUAAUUCCCAGAAACCUGAAACAGACACCUCCUCCUCCGUGGCUGUCUCUGAUAGUUAUGGAAGUGGCAGCAGAGCUGGCAAAGAGAUGGAUAGCAGUAUUAAUAAGUGGCUCAGUGGCCUUAGGACAGAGGAAAAAUCUCCUCCCCAAAGUGAUUGGUCUGGAAGCUCCAGGGGGAAGUGCACCAGAUCUUCCCUGCACUGGGAGACAGAGUCUAAGUCCUCCAGUUACAAGUUCUCCAAAUCCCGGUCAGAGGAGCAGGACACCUCCUCCUACCGUAAGGCCAAUGGCAACUCCGUAAGAAACACCUCAUGGUUCUCUGCUUCCUCCACCAGGGAGGGCAGAGAGAUGCACACGUUCUCCAGGUCCAUGUUCAGUGAGACCUCAAGCUCCCGAGAGGAAAGCCCGGAGCCCUACUUUUUCCGCCGGACCCCUGAAACCUCUGAAGGGGAAGAGUCCCCAGAACCACAGAGUCCAAAUUGGGCCGGACCCAGGGACUGGGAACAUGUGGAAGAGUCAUCCAAGUCAGAUUUUUCUGAAUUUGGAGCCAAGAGGAAAUUCACCCAGAGCUUCAUGAGGUCUGAAGAAGAGGGAGAGAAGGAGAGGAUGGAAAAGAGAGAGGAAGGGAGGUUUGCUUCAGGGCGGCGGUCCCAGUAUCGGAGAAGCACUGACAGGGAGGAGGAGGAAGAAAUGGACGAUGAAGCCAUCAUUGCUGCCUGGAGACGCCGGCAAGAAGAAACCAGGACUAAGCUGCAGAGAAGGAGGGAGGAUUCAGCUGGGCAAAGUGGAUCUGGGAGAGACUGAGAACACAGGGAUAGGCCAUACGGCUUAGCACAGGGCUCAGGGCAUACAUUGUCCCUCCAUCAAGGGACAAGGUUGUGGAGAGGAUCAUAUGGAGGGGCAGAAGUGAAAUGAAGUGAAAUGAAAGGUACCAGGAAGAAGGGCACUGGAUGUGGUAUAGGGAGGAAGCAGAGAAGGAGGAGAAGAGCCAUAAAUGUAAGGUCCAAAUGAGGGACAAGCUGACACCAUUUUGUUGCCCAAAGUCCUCUAAGCUUUGGUGCUUCACUUAUAUAUUUUAUUUUGUUCAUCACAGACUAGAAAGAUGAGCUUCCAAAGGCACUAUAGUUUGUUGGAGA